GAACUUUUGUUUGCAAGAAGAAAAUGUGGCCUAUAUAACACCACUUAUUGAGAUAUUCUUAUAGAUUUUAUGGUACAUUUGGAAAUUACAUAGUGACAGCUUUUAAUGGAGAGAAUGUAUCACCAAUUGACAAAGUUUUUAACGGAGAUAAUGUAACACCAAUUAAAGUCGUUGCUUCCUUCCAUAGAUCCAAAUGGACUAUUGCCAAGUUAGUAACAUGAAGCACCUGCAUGGGUCCUACACUUGCCCGCGACACCGCAAAAGCAAAGCCACGUCACCCCGUCUCACUGUCAACACUUACUACAAUACUAUUUCCCAUUUCAUUUUGCCUAUCUAUUUUGUUUAUAUAAACCCACAAGCUGCCUCCUUAAUUUUUCUUUACCAACAGCAAACAUAUAAAUCAAAAAGAAAAAGAAAAAAAAAAAAGAGAGAAAAAAAUGGAGGACAAAAAUAAUAACACAAACGUGAUCGCACCUUUCGUUGCGAAGACAUAUCAGAUGGUCAACGAUCCUUCGACCGAUUGGCUCAUCACCUGGGGACCUGCCCACAACAGCUUCGUCGUCGCUGACCCUCUCGACUUCUCUCAACGCAUCCUCCCUGCUUAUUUCAAACACAACAACUUCAGCAGCUUCGUUCGUCAGCUCAACACCUACGGGUUUAGAAAAGUGGAUCCGGACCGGUGGGAGUUCGCGAACGAGCAUUUCCUCAGAGGUCAGAAGCACCUUCUCAAGAACAUAGGGCGUAGGAAACACGCGCGUGGGAUGAUGUACGGUCAGGAGGUGGAGGACAACGGCGAGGUCGUGAAGGAGAUCGAACGGUUGAAAGAUGAGCAGAGGGAGCUCGAGCUGGAGAUUGAGAAGAUGAGCCAACGGAUCGAGGCGACGGAGAAGAGGCCGGAGCAGAUGAUGGCGUUUCUCUACAAGGUCGUUGACGAUCCCGACCUCCUCCCGAGGAUGAUGCUCGAGAAGGAGCGGACAAAGCAAGUCUCCGACAAGAAGAAGCGCCGUGUCACGGUGAAGUCAGAGGAUCAAGAGGAAGAAAACGGGAGGGUCUUUGGCGUGGUCCCACCGUCGCCUUCACCGCCGGAGAAUUCGAUGGGAUGGGUUGUUCCGAUGCGAUUUGGUAGUUACAACGAGACGGGUCUGGUGGUGAACUCGAUGAUUUCCACUUCGUCGAGGUCGUCAUCGUUAACGUCGACGUUGUCGUUGCCGGAUAGCGUAAACGGAGGAUGUGGGAGUGUUCAGGGAGAGACAAGGGACAAAGAAGCGGCGACGUUUGGAGGAGUGGUAGAGUCAAAUCCACAAACACCACCUUAUCCGUUUUCUUUAUUUCGAGGUGGCUUUUAGGCUAGCUUCACAUGAAAUAUGAUCUUCCGUUCUUCUUAAUAUUAUUAUUUUUUUUUUUGUCACUUUUUUCUUAAAUUAUUUGUAAUGUAUAACCAACCAAAAAAUAAAUAGGACAGAUCGAUAGUUAUUACUCCUUCUGUUU